ACAACGUUAAAACCCACGCAAAACAUCAUCGAAUCCUGGCCGUUCAUUCUCUCAGUUAAAUUUCCAGAUCAACUGCAGGCUCUACUCCUCUUUCCCUUGCCGUCUCGCGUCUCUAAUCUACUUACCUCUUCUCUCUUCAAGAUCCGCUCGGGUUGGUCAGUUGCGAGAAAAUGUUUGGAAGAGCGCCGAAGAAAAGCGACAACACGAAGUACUAUGAGAUUCUUGGAGUGUCGAGGAACGCUUCUCAAGAUGACUUAAAGAAGGCGUAUAGGAAAGCCGCCAUCAAGAACCAUCCGGAUAAGGGUGGUGAUCCUGAGAAGUUUAAAGAGUUGGCACAGGCUUAUGAGGUUCUUAGUGAUCCAGAGAAGCGUGAGAUAUAUGAUCAGUAUGGCGAGGAUGCCCUCAAGGAGGGAAUGGGUGGAGGUGGCGGUGGCCACGACCCAUUUGACAUUUUCCAGUCAUUCUUUGGUGGCAGCCCAUUUGGCGGUGGAAGCAGCCGAGGCAGCAGGCAGCGGAGGGGAGAGGAUGUAAUCCAUCCCCUCAAGGUUUCUCUGGAGGACCUCUACAAUGGGACAUCUAAGAAGCUUUCCCUCUCCCGCAAUGUAAUUUGUGCCAAGUGUAAAGGUAAAGGAUCUAAAUCUGGUGCAUCAAUGAAAUGUUCUGGCUGCCAGGGUUCUGGAAUGAAAGUCUCAAUAAGGCACCUUGGCCCCUCUAUGAUACAACAAAUGCAGCAUCCUUGCAAUGAGUGUAAGGGUACUGGAGAAACUAUCAGUGACAGGGAUCGCUGCACAGUAUGUAAGGGUGAGAAGGUUGUUCAAGAGAAGAAGGUGUUGGAAGUAGUUGUUGAGAAGGGUAUGCAGAAUGGACAGAAGAUUAGAUUCCCUGGAGAAGCUGAUGAAGCUCCUGAAACUAUCACAGGAGACAUUGUUUUUGUUCUACAGCAAAGAGAGCACGCUAAGUUCAAGCGAAAGGGUGAUGACCUAAAUGUUGAACACACCCUGUCGCUAACUGAGGCUCUCUGUGGCUUCCAAUUCAUUUUAACUCAUUUGGAUGGUAGGCAGCUCCUAAUCAAAUCCAAUCCUGGGGAAGUGGUAAAGCCUGAGCAAUUCAAGGCUGUAAAUGAUGAAGGAAUGCCUAUGUAUCAAAGACCAUUCAUGAGGGGUAAGCUGUACAUUCAUUUCACGGUCGACUUCCCUGACUCACUUAGCCCAGAGCAAUGUAGGGCAUUGGAGGCUGUUCUACCUCCAAGGCCCUCAGUACAGCUGACUGACAUGGAGCUUGAUGAGUGUGAGGAAACCACCCUUCAUGAUGUGAAUAUCGAGGAAGAGAUGCGAAGGAAGCAGCAAGCCUCCCAAGAGGCUUAUGAUGAAGAUGAGGAAAUGCAUGGUGGUGCUCAGAGGGUCCAAUGUGCUCAGCAGUAAUGACAAUGUCUCAUGUGUGGUAAUGAUGAGGAAGAGGAAUGGAGAAGAAAGGGUUGUAGUUUUUCGCUUGAGAGAAUUAAGAUUAUCAACAACAUUCACUUAUCUUCUGUUGUAGGUAACUCUCUGUUGAUUUGCCAAAAAACUGAUCAAAUUUGCUCUUUCAUAUCACAUCAAUAUUUAUUCUGUUUUUAUCGUGUAACAUAAGAUGAAUGUUGAACUAUUCAUUGUAGCGGGCAUGAAAUAACAUAUAAUAUGGCUAUGGUGUUACUUACUCAA